GUUGGCCAGUUGGUGGCAGUGCGAGAUGACGAGGAAGAACCCUGGCAAUGUGGACGGAUAGCUUCUGUGGAUCCGAUUUUAGUGAAGCGAAGGCCCAGGAGUGCCCCGUUGACAUUCAACCUUGUUUCCCCCUUGGAAGCUUUGGACGACAAAGACAUCAAAGGAUUGGUUGGUUUCGAUCAGCAAAUGCGAAAUCAGCUAGAUAAUGGGCAUGCAACUCCGCCAGUGGGUUUGAGUCCUGAAGAUCAAUCUGCAUAUAAGGGCAUGCUGUCCAAAGCUGCAUGGCUUUUUGCCAAUACUAUGCUGAUGCUGGCAGCUUUGAGCCCCGUUUUCUUCAACCUGGUUUGGCUCACACUGGCAAAUGUGGUCAACAAGGGGGAAGAUCGACAAGACUACUGGUGGUAUGCUUUGUUUUUUGACAACUACUUUAUGGUUGUCAAGGGUGGAAUGUUCACACUUUUCUUCUUGACGUUCCUUCCCAAGCCUGCAGGGGGCCACAAGCGUUUUCUUUUCAUCAUGUUUGCUGUGAUGUGGCCGUUGUGCUCAUUUUGCAUCCAUCUGCUCUGGCUUGCCUUGGAUUUGCAUUCAUGGGGUAUUUUGAAAUUGAAUUUCCCCUUGGGUGCAUCCAUAGCUGUUUUUGCUUGGAUGCCGGUUUGCAUCUUCGUGCAGUACAAGAAAAGUGAACGCUACUUUGCAACCAAACGCUUUGUUGUCAUAGUGGUGAUUCUGGUGGCAGAUCUGAUUUUCAUCAGCUCAUCUCACGCCAUUGUCCUUGGCUUCAAAUCAUCCUCCGAAUGGGACUUUGGACUACCUGACGCCCAGCUUGCCAGAGCGGUCAUGGAUUUGCUUUGGGUACUCGGCUUUACACAAGUCUACAUGCCGUUGUUAGCUAAGGUGUGGCAGAUCGGCCUGUUCCUCUUUGAUACCAUGGCACCUUUUCCCGAGAUUGUCAGACAACGGAUGCUGUACUUUGCGACAGUCAUCUUAGAUAUGCACCGAUACAUGUAUCUGCGAGAGAUGUUGUACAUGGCAAGGGUUGAAGUUGUCGCCUUUGUGGUUUUGAAGGACAUGGUCUUUGACAUCUAUCACUUCGGGAUCAAGUCGUCUCCAGCUUUUCAAUCCUUGCAGCUCAUGGGCGUGCCUUCUUGGAAGGUUUUCUUGGGCAUUGCAGAACAAAGGUGGUCCAAGUAUCGUUAUUUGGAGCGGCUGACUUGUCUCCUGUCAGUCUUUGCAACCUGCCUGGAAGUCCCACAGCGGUUUGUCGCCGUCUUUACCUGGACCAUAGAUGCAGAAUAUCCUCACGAAACAACGACGUACUACUUCUAUUUUGCUGAGACCAAGGUAAAACUGGCCAAUGUCCCCGUGGAGUUUGACGACAAAUUCAAGGUCUGGGCGAAUGAAAAGGCAGCAGAGCGUGAACGUGCAGCAAAGGCUGUACGACCCAAGCCAGUUCGCUUCGAAGUGGCUUUGGCAAAUGAGGCAGUACAAAGAAGCGGUCGGGAAUGGGGCAAAGUAUGGGAUGGCUUCGCCGACCCUUCCCGAUUCCGCUUCUUUCAACUGCUCACAGUGCAGCUUGGUGGCAUCGUGUUUUGCCGCUUUUGGCCGCGAAUGGGUUGCAAGCUUGCAAGUAGCCUGAUGCUUCUUUUGGCAGGAACCAUGAUUCGAUUGAGCCCAUCGAAGGACGUUCUGAAUUAUGUCCAUGAUCAUACAGCGCCUCGCGAUCUGUUUUCAUGGGUGGUUCCUUCUGCGAUCCUUUUCUGUGACAUCUUCGAGUUGAUCGUUGUGCAGUGGCUGCAAAGUGCUGAUCCUGCAUUGAUCAAAUAUCGACUUUGUCGUUUUGCUCGACUCUUCCUGGAUCCUGUCCUAGCUGGCAUGGUGUUAAGCUGCCACAUUUGUUGCAACAGCGAUGUGUACCUCACAUUCGCAAAGCUGAAAUUCUGCAAAGGAGUUCCUACAAAGGAGAUUCGUUUGCACGGAAAUGACGUGCAAACAAUGCAGGGAGACUUCGAGGUUGGCCAGUUGGUGGCAGUGCGAGAUGACGAGGAAGAACCCUGGCAAUGUGGACGGAUAGCUUCUGUGGAUCCGAUUUUAGUGAAGCGAAGGCCCAGGAGUGCCCCGUUGACAUUCAACCUUGUUUCCCCCUUGGAAGCUUUGGACGACAAAGACAUCAAAGGAUUGGUUGGUUUCGAUCAGCAAAUGCGAAAUCAGCUAGAUAAUGGGCAUGCAACUCUGCCAGUGGGUUUGAGUCCUGAAGAUCAAUCUGCAUAUAAGGGCAUGCUGUCCAAAGCUGCAUGGCUUUUUGCCAAUACUAUGCUGAUGCUGGCAGCUUUGAGCCCCGUUUUCUUCAACCUGGUUUGGCUCACACUGGCAAAUGUGGUCAACAAGGGGGAAGAUCGACAAGACUACUGGUGGUAUGUGCUGGUUUUUGACAACUAUUUCAUGAUCAUCAAGGGUGGAAUGUUCACACUCUUCUUUUUGAAAUUCCUUCCGAAACCCGAAGGAUCGACUCUCUUGGAAGAACCUGUGCCAGCAUGCCUCUUGGUGGCAGCGGGCCGUUGUGGCGCUGGAAACAUGGCAGACAGACUGGCCGGUCAGCGUGAGCUGAAACAGAUGGUUGCAUCUGUGACGGAGCCGCAGCAGAUGCCGCAGGUGCUGCCGCAGGUGCUGCCGCAGGUGCUGCCGCAGGUGCUGCCGCAGGUGCCGCAAGUGACCCAAGAGCCACAACAGCAGGUGGCAGAGGUGGCAGAGGUGGCAGAGGUGGCAGAGGUGGCAAAGGUGACAGAGGUAGCACGGCGUGCUUAUGUGCCGAAACCGCCACGUGAGGGCCCGCCAUGUUUGAUAAACUGCUUGGCGCUCCGCGCCAAUAUUGGGGAUGUACAGAUGGCCCUCGCAGCAGCGGAGGAGCCGAAAAAUGAUUUCUUCACCUCUGCCAUCAUCCUCGGCGGCCCAUCUGGUAUGCCGAAAAGACCUCUCCUUUGCGUCGAAGUGACGCAACAAACCAUAGAGUGCGAGGGAAGCACGCCCUGUUGCGGUGUGGCGAUGCUGACGCUCGAGUUCGAGCAGCUGGAGGAGACGCUGGCCAAUUGGCCAGAUCCAAAAGACCAUCCUCAAGAGCUUGAGCAGAUGGAGAAAGAGCAGAAGGAGCUGGUCAAAGCAAAAUACCAGGGUGGACAGGGAGGUGCAAGAGCCAGCAGGGAGUUCGCGGCCCGCCUUGAAGUUUUUGAGCAUGCAAUGAACAGCAUGCACGGUUGAGUAUUGUUUGCAGCGCCAUUGUCGCAUAUGUUGUAUUUGACAUGGAAUUCGCGUUUUCAUACCGUUUUCAAUCUGACCAUUUGCUCCGCCAAGUACGGAUUACCGGAAUGCAGUGACACAGGCCGAAAAAAGAAUGCUAAAUUGCCAUGCCAUGAAUGCCCGGGAAUGCCAUCAACGUGUGGCGCUGGGAAAUUCAUUGACUGUAUGAUACAGUCAGUGUCUUUCCAAUGAAAAUGUGUAUGGUAAUGUAUCCAUUUGAAGGGCCCAACGGCCACCUGCGCCAAGGCCAAAAGAUGAAAUGAGGUGAGCAGUGGUCACGACCGUGGAAAUGAUCAUGGUGUGCUAGG